UGAUAAGGAUAAGAACAGUGACUUGAAAGAAGCAGGGAUUAGUCACUGGCAAAAUAUAUUUUUUCUAAUGACAGUUAUAGUUCUAAGUGUAUGUGUAGUAGUACUUAUUUGCAUUAUUCUCAGUCAACUCAGAAACAGUUUUAUUCGUCGAAAGUUAAACAGACAGCUAUUGAAUCUGAACAGUCCACUGUUCAUGUACCCACCUAUACCUUUCACUAUGGACAGGCUACUAGAGCAACGAAGAGUCAUGGGCCCAUCUACAUCAGUAGACACAAAUCUUUAUAUUGAAAGUUGGCAGCAGGCAGAUAGUCAAGCACCCACCCAGUGGACGUUGUCUGUUAGCCCUGUUUCAGCAACAAAUACAUUCCCCCCUUCUGAAUCUGUUUCUGCAUGUCCAAGUCCAGUGCCUCUUCGAACAUACCGCCUGGGUCCUGCAUCAGCUUCAACCAGUCCAAUUGUUGCAGUCCGAGGCCUUGGAUCCCGUAUGGCUUUACGAGGGUUAUUGCCAAUGCCUAUAGAUUCACCGUCAAAUGGGAGUAGAGAAGUAGUAUUAAACAGUUGUACCUAAUUUAUUUAAAAAGAAGAAUUUAGCCCAUAAGAGCUUUAGUUCAUGCUCAUUAUUUUAUUCUCUCUUUUUGUAAGUGUAAGUAUUCACUGUAACAUAAAUGAACUUAUGGUUAUUUUCAUAAAUUGACUAUAGCUAUUUUAAAUGCUGUUCAACAAGUUCUUAUUCUAUGUUAAUUAAUUUUGUUACCUAAAUCUUUUUCAUAGAUAAAGAUAAAAAAUGUUCAUAGGUAAAGUUGGCGUUUACUCCUACAGUCAUAACUAAUGAAGUACAAUUGUGGACAUAUGAUCGAAAUUAUAAUGGAAUAUCAUGAGGUUUUGUUGUUAUAAAGAGCUGCCUCUCUUAAGAUCUAUACAAGUUUCAGCAUUUGAAAUUAGAGGG